AUGAACAGUAACACUACAACCACAGGCUCUAAGCCUAAAUAUGCAAUGACUCAAUCAUUCAUAGAGUCAUCUUUCUUUAUCAAAUUAUCUCAAUUGAAAUUGGAUACGUAUAAAUUAGAUUCAACCAGUCAUGAAAUCUGGGGAUUUGUACCACAUCCACAAAAAUUAAAUAAAUUCAAUGAUGUGCCUAUCCUAAGUCUUGAUCAAGACAGUUUUAGUAAUGAAGAAAGAGUUGAAGAUAGGAGUAAGGUCUACAUAAAGGGUGAGAUAUAUAAUGUGAACACGAUUGAAGAAUUUAAGACUAUUGAUAAGCAGAAAUUAUUAACUGAUUGGGGGAUGGCGAUUAGAGAGAAAUUGAUUAGUGAGGAUAAUAGGUUGGAUGUUCAAUUGUUUAAUAGGUUUCAUAUUUUGAGUUUUUCAGAUUUGAAGAUAUAUAAGUUUUAUUAUUCCCACCGCAUAGGACAUAACUUAUCAUUAACCCUUAAUGAACUUGUCUUACUACCUCUAGCUAAAGAUAUUGAAGAAGUCAUAAGUAAGAAGUUAAAUGAAAGAAAUGGGUUUCAGCAAUUGUAUCAGUUGGUAGAUAAUAAACUCGAGGAAUCAAUAUCGUUGCAACAAGGUGGUAAUACCUUUAUAUUCUUUGAUAGUUGCACCAAUAAAGAUAAGAAAGCUACAAUCCAAUUAAAGAACUACUUAUAUUAUUUGGCCUAUAAAGGAUUUACAAACAUCGAAUUAAUAAUAUAUCGUAAAGAUGGGUCUUCCUUUUCUCAAAAACUCCAACUCCAGGACUUUUCAAAAGACACUCCUCCCAAAAUAAUUGGUUGGGAAAGAACCAGUCAAGGCAAACUAGGCCCCAAAGUAGCCGACUUAGCUUCCUUAAUCGAUCCUCACAAAUUAGCAGAACAAGCAACCGAAUUAAAUCUCAAACUCAUGAAAUGGAGAAUUGCCCCCGAUUUAAACCUUGAUAUCAUAAAGGAACAAAAAGUGUUACUUCUUGGUGCUGGGACUUUGGGAUGUUAUGUAGCCAGAUCCUUAAUGGGGUGGGGUGUACAUCAUAUCACAUUUGUGGAUAGUGGACGAGUAUCAUAUUCCAAUCCAGUUAGACAACCUUUGUUUACGUUUAAUGAUUGCUUUAGUGAUAAUGGAUUAGGUCAAUAUAAAGCUAUUCAAGCAGCUGAAGCACUUAAAGAAAUAUAUCCUAAUGUUAAUUCCCAGGGGGUUAAUUUGGAUGUUCCCAUGAUUGGACAUCCAGUGACUGAUGAAAAGAAACAAAGGGCUGAUUUUGAGAAAUUGGUUAAUCUCUUUGAAGAACAUGAUGUUGUGUUUCUAUUAAUGGAUUCUCGUGAAUCUAGAUGGUUGCCUACCGUGUUGGGUAAUGCGACGAAUAAGAUAGUGAUCAAUGCCGCAUUAGGAUUUGAUAGUUAUUUAGUCAUGAGACAUGGUAGUCCAAAACAAAAGGAAGAUGAAAGAUUAGGUUGUUAUUAUUGUAAUGAUGUAGUUGCUCCAAGUGAUAGUUUAACCGAUAGAACAUUAGAUCAAAUGUGUACCGUGACAAGACCAGGUGGAUCAAUAAUUGCAUCUGCAUUGGCUGUUGAAUUAUUAGUAUCGAUUUUGCAACAUCCAAAUAAACAAUUAGCUACACAAACAGAUAAAUCUAAAUUAGGGAGCAUACCUCAUCAAAUACGAGGAUUCUUACAUGGAUAUCAGCAAACUAAUUUACAUACUCCUAACUAUAAAUAUUGUUCUGGUUGUUCGGAUGGAGUAUUGGAACAAUUUAAAGAAAAAGGAUGGACAUUUAUUAAGAAUUGUCUUAAUGAUUCUGGUUAUUUGGAAGAUGUAUGUGGAUUACGUAAAAUACAAGAAGAAGCAGAAUUGGCUACUGAAAAGUUAUUACAAGAAUUAAGCUUAGAUGAAGAUGAUGAAGAAUGGAUUAGCUGA